GCGGGGCCGUGCAGCGGCUUCCUCCGGGAGUCUUGUUUACGAGUCUUCUUUUCCCGCGCAGAAAGGGACGGCUAGGUUUGGCGUUCAUUGUCCCGCUAAGCCGCCGGAGCUGCGGGUGCCCGAGCUGCUCGUUGCGCCGAUCCGCGUGGGGUGGGGGGAAAAGAGAUGCCGAAGCGCUCCUACCCGUUCGCGGACUCGUCCCCGGUGCAGCUGAAGACGCGCGUGCGGCUGAAGGAGCUGAGCCAGGGCGUCAUGGGCGAGAGGUACCGGCGCGAGAUCUUCGAGAAAACCAAACAACUGCUCUUCAAAGGUGCUCAAACAUACAUGGACAAUGCUUGCAAUGCAAGUGCAGUGGGAACAUAUCUAAUUACACAGUAUCCAGAAUCAUGUAUAGACAAAUCAGAAAUUUGUUCUUGGCACAGAUGUAAUAAACAAAUGUUAAUUGGGCAGGAUGGAAAACUUCGACAACCCUGUUCAAGUGAAAUGGUUUUGCCUGUAGGAGUAUCAAAGGCCUGUUCCUCCUGUAUAAGAACAGUUGACAUCAAAGAUGUUUGCACGCAGUGUGAUCAAUACAUAUGCCAGAACUGCAGCAAACUCUGCAGCUGUUGCAGCACCAUUAUCUGUUCAUUAUGCUCAGUUAUAGAAUCGGAGGAUGUUGGAGAUCAAAUCUUUUGCAGUGGCUGCUCAAUGUACAAAGAAUAAACUGCUGUUUUUAGGAAAUGGUUAUCAUUAAGUGUUGUAAAGAAUGUAUUGCUUUUAAAUAAUUAGGUUUUUGAGAUACUGGAGUGCCUUUUUCUAAAUAUUGUAUAUUCUGUAAUUGUAGUUUAAUAUAAUAAAUA